CGAGGGCUUGGGUUUCAGCAUCCGCGGGGGUUCGGAACACGGCGUGGGAAUCUACGUGUCACUAGUGGAGCCGGGCUCCCUGGCAGAGAAGGAAGGGUUACGGGUCGGGGACCAGAUUCUGCGCGUCAACGAUAAAUCUCUAGCCCGGGUGACCCACGCGGAGGCUGUCAAGGCUCUCAAGGGCUCCAAGAAGCUGGUGCUGUCUGUGUACUCAGCUGGGCGUAUCCCUGGGGGCUAUGUCACCAACCACAUCUACACCUGGGUGGACCCACAGGGCCGCAGCACAUCCCCUCCCUCCAGCCUGCCCCAGCCACAUGGCAGCACCCUGAGACAGCAUGAGAAUGACCGAAGGAGUGCCCUACACCUCCUGCAGAGUGGAGAUGAGAAAAAGGUGAACCUGGUGCUGGGGGACGGCCGGUCCCUGGGUCUCACGAUCCGAGGUGGAGCUGAGUACGGCCUUGGCAUCUACAUCACUGGUGUGGACCCAGGCUCUGAAGCAGAAAGCAGUGGGCUCAAGGUUGGGGACCAGAUUCUGGAGGUGAAUGGGCGGAGCUUUCUCAGCAUCUUGCAUGACGAGGCGGUGAAGCUGCUCAAGUCAUCCCGGCACCUCAUCCUGACAGUGAAGGACGUUGGAAGGCUGCCCCACGCUCGUACCACCGUGGACCAGACGAAGUGGAUUGCCAGUUCCCGGAUUGGGGAAAACGCCUCCAGCUCAGCAGGGUUUCCAGGGGACCUCACAGAAGAAGGGACAAACAAGCCAGGAUUUUACAAAGGCCCAGCUGGCUCCCAGGUGACCCUGAGCAGCCUGGGGAAUCAGACACGUGCACUUCUGGAUGACCAAGCCCGGCACCUGCUGACGGAGCAGGAGCGUGCCACCAUGAUGUACUACCUGGACCAGUACCGUGGUGGUGCCAUCUCUGUGGAGGCCCUGGUCAUGGCACUGUUUGAAUUGCUCAAUACACACGCCAAGUUCUCUCUUCUGUCUGAGGUGAGGAGCACCAUCUCUCCCCAAGACCUGGAACGCUUUGACCACCUGGUGCUGAGGCGGGAGAUAGAGUCCAUGAAGGCGCGGCAGCCCCCAGGUCCUGGUGCUGGAGACACCUACUCCAUGGUAUCCUACAGUGACACGGGCUCAUCCACAGGCAGCCAUGGCACCUCCACAACUGUCAGCUCAGCCAGGAAUACAUUAGACCUGGAGGGAACUGGUGAGACCACCCAAGGCAGCGUUAACACCCUCCCGGAUGUGUCUGUGGACGAUGUCAAAUCUCCCUCAGAAGAUCUGUCUGGCAUCAAGCCACCUCCUCCCCCACCACCAUUGGUUCAAGAUCACGACCAUCGGCUUGGCCAGACAUGGAAGUCAGGAAGGGAGGACUCUGCACCUCUGUCUUCUGCUGCCCACUCAGGCAUUGUCUUCUCAGCACCACGGAAUCGAAGCCCACCACUGGGCACUGCACCCACCCCAGGGCCCCCCUCAGCACAGGAUUCACCCUCCUCUCCCAUUUACGCCUCCAUCUCCCAUGCCAACCCCAGGUCUCGGAAGCCGCUGGACACCCACCUGGCCCUGGUUAACCAGAACCCCAUCGGCCCCUUCCCUCGGGUCCAAUCCCCACCACACCUGAAGAGCCCUGCUGCAGAGACCCCAGGGGCUGGGGCCUGCCUUCCACCACCAUCACCCUCUGACCACCCUGACCCUGUGGGUGCAAACCAGCACUUUGUCCUGGUGGAGGUACACCGUCCGGAUAGCGAGCCUGAUGUGAAUGAAGUUCGGGCUCUGCCCCAGACACGCACAGCCUCCACACUCUCUCAGCUCUCAGACAGUGGGCAGACUCUAAGUGAGGACAGUGGUGUGGAUGCCGGAGAGACAGAGGCCAGCACCUCAGGUCGAGGCAGACAGACAGCGUCCACUAAAAGCAAGAGUGGCAAGGAGCUGCCCCGGACGGAGAGGACCACAGAGGGUGCCAAUAAACCUCCUGGCCUCCUGGAGCCAACGUCCACUCUAGUCCGUGUGAGGAAAAGUGCAGCCACACUGGGCAUCGCCAUUGAGGGUGGUGCCAACACACGCCAGCCUCUGCCCAGGAUUGUCACAAUUCAGCGAGGAGGUUCUGCCCAUAACUGUGGGCAGCUCAAGGUGGGCCACGUGAUUCUGGAAGUGAAUGGGCUGACGCUUCGGGGUAAGGAGCACAGAGAGGCUGCCCGGAUCAUUGCGGAGGCCUUCAAGACCAAGGAGAGAGACUACAUUGACUUUCUGGUCACUGAGUUCAACGUGAUGCUCUAGGGGUGGGGCCAAAGUCAGGACUAUAGGACAGGGUCACAGGCAGACUUCCCCAUUCCACCCUGACACAUAUAUCCUGCCUGGUCCCCUGGCCCACAUUGGAGAAAAAGAGAACCAGACAAGACAAGCAGAAAGUCAGGUCAAAAUCUGUGUGCCAGAAACACAGUGGGAGAUCAAUAAAACUGUGUUAGCAAAAGGAAGGAAGGAAGGAAGGCAGAGCACCUUUCUCUGGGCCAGAUGGGGGUGCUGCCACCCCCGGAUGCCUAGGCCUUUGGCUAUGAGCUCACAGAAGAAUUCACAGACUGCUUCCUGCCAGGGGGACCUUCAGUGCCACAAAUGAGCCGCCAGCACGCCUGUUCACACCAGUUGCACCCCUUCCUCCUAGCUCAGUGUCCCUAUGGUAUUUAUUUAUUUAUUUAUUUCCCUUCCUGCACUUCAGGGGACCCCAGGCUCCAGAUUCCCUUUGCUCCCCCAGCCUAUCCCAGAGGCCUUGCAGGCGACCAGCAAUGUCAGUGUAUUUAUAUACAGAGCUUAUGACUUUAAUUUUUCAAUAAAGAAAUCUGAACAAGGUUAA